ACGGCAUUCCGUCGAGCCGGCUCGCUCGAGCGGCUGAGCUGUGUUUGGUUGCAGGGGUGCGUUGUGGAGCGGGCUGCACGUCUCAUCUGGAAAGAGGUGUGCUUGCAGAGCGCGGUUAUCUGGAUCUUCCAUCGAUAGUCUAAACUCUACGCUGCUCUAUUUUGUUGCAGCGUUGCCAGCAUUGCUGAAAUGGGUUACGGUGAUGACUCUCUCCUCCCAAACGGCUACCCAAUAGCUGCUAUCCAGUGUCUGGGUCUCGGGUCCGGACCUGUAGAAGAGGAACUCGACAAGUACGAGAAAUGUAUGUGUCGGGUAGGUGUUCAGUCCCACUGCCCGAAGGACGGUGAUGUGAGGAAGACCACCACUCGGCGGCCGUGGAGACGAACUACCACCAGGACGACAACGCAGCGACCGUCUCCAGCUAGUGUCACCACGACAGUCAACAAGUGGCGAGGAUGGGCACCAGCACCAGUCACCACCACCACCACUAGCACCACUACCACCCCCAGUUACACCACCAGUAGAGGGGUGUGGAAACCGAGCACCACCGUCCGACCCUCAGCUGGUGGCAGCUCUCCGAUAGAAAUGCUCGGCUGGGGGUGUCUCGGACUGUUGAUUGGAGUCACUCUCGCUACUUUGUGCAAGCUGAGGCGAGCCAGGAACAGGAGACGAGCUGAGAGGUCCCCGGUCAGGAGCGCUCCAGCUGGCCCGUUCCCGGAGCCAAGUGACCCCGAGUGGACAGCUGGUGCCAGGACUGUCCCCCCACCGUCGGCCCCAUCCAUUCCUGACGACUCCCCUCCACCUUAUGAGCUGGUGGCCGGAGCCAAACCGCCGCCCUAUGAGCCCAUGGACGGGACGGACGUCACCAAAACGCCGGCUGAUGACUGCUUGAAGGACGGAGGUGGUGGCGAGGCGACAACUUUGCCGUGUCUGAGAAUGGUGAUAGACCGCAGCUAGGAAAGACUGAUGGAAAAUGAUGCACAUCCUGAUGUGUCCUGUACUGAAUACGCAUGAUCACUUAAAUUUAUUUUGAGUUGCACGUCCUUGUAAUGUGCCUGCCAUUGUGUAGAGGCGCAAUAGCCGUUUGAAGUUGUAAGACGUAUCAUGCGAACGCGUAGCAAUGAUCGAUCGUAGGAAACUUCAUAAUCUCAUGACUCACUUCAUAAUGUUCUUGGUACUGUUCCACAAUGAACAACAGUUUGAACGAUGUUUAUUGACAUGCAUAGCAUAACGAUCAAUGCGACAUACCAGUAAGUCCCCAAGUAGUUCUACAGGACAAAGAAGAUUCUGUUUGAUGUGACUGCGAGUCGUGAGAGAUGCAUAAGCUUGUUCCAUGUCACUUGUCAGUGGCAUUGCCCAUGUGGCUUUAGCGCAGUUAAAAACAAAGAUGAUGCAAGGUAACGUAUUAGUUAGGCAAUGACGAGACGGUGUAAUACAAAAUAUCCUUUGUAUGGUGUAAUAUACAUGUCAAGAAAAAAUAUUCAUAAAAUAUCACCUUCACGAUCAUUUGGCCCAUUACUUUCGACAUUCUUAGGCCCGUCUGUUUUCUUCAACCACUUCGGUUUUAUAUAUGUAGGUCGAUAGGUAUUUCACUCACGUCACCAAACACUGUACCCACAUCAGGCCUUGGAUACGACCUUUUAGGGUCAAGUGUUCACAGGGUAGUGUCGCUGGGUUUUCUCCUGCUGGUGGUACGCGACGGUGCCAUGUUGUAGCUAUACUUGGUAGAGGUCCGGUUCCGUGGGCCUGCUGAAGAAAGACAAAGACGACGCGGUUAGCUCCAGCCUGGCCUGACCAGGAAUUGGUUUAUAAAUCUGAAGGGUCUGGCCGUGGCAGAUCUUUAUAUCUGACCCAGACUGCCCAAUAUCCAUGUUGACUGCUGCUGCAAAUGACGACAGUUAUGCACGCCUAUGGGUAAAUAUUUUUAGUUACUCCUGCAUAUCACGUCACAUUAUAAGUACGUCAAACUAUGCCCUUGCCCAUGAAACUGUUGUGUUCAUUUUUACCUUUAGUCUCCUUGGGUCGCGUUCCUUUGACCUUGGGGGCUGUGUGAACGACCUUUGUGGCCGUCUUGCUGACACGUUUUCGAGUUUUGGGCGGCUUGGUGUCCUCAGUAACUCCCGGUUUAUCGUUCUUGGCAACUUUUGCUGGCGAUUCUGAGCUUUUUGCUGCGGGCUGCUUAUCGUCCGGUUUGUUUGGCUUCAGUGAUUUUCUCACUUGAUGCCUGU